AUGAGAAGGUUUCCUAAGGGACUGAAGGACAAUGAGAAAGGUAUUCCAGUCAAUAUCCUAAGAGUGACAGUACUCAUUUAUAACCACAUGCACGUAGUCAUAUCGACGUCGAGGGAUGAGCAAAAGGGUUCAUCUCUGACUAAGGUUGGCAUUGAGGGUGUAGAUCUAAUAGUUCACUCUUCAACUAAGGAUAAAGGGUUUGAGUAUUACUUAGCAGGGUUUGAGUAUUACUUAGCAGAGAUAAAUGGAGCUAUGGUUGAUGAGAGAAGUCAAACAAUGAUGAGAGCUAAAGGUCUGGAACUGAAAGUACACGUUACUACCACUGAGAAAAGAGGAACAUCCUCCCAAAAGCCUGAUGUUGCUUCCUCUUCACAGAGUAAGAGUAUGCCUAUUAAGAAGAGCAAAGGGAAAGGGAAGAAGAAAACCGCUAGCAAAAAAGUUUACUCUAUCAAGAACGCCUUUGAAGAGUUAAAGGCAACCAUGAUAAGAGGUCCUAUCCUUGGUCUAGUUGACGUGUCAAAGUCGUUUGAGGUAGAGACAGAUGCAUCAGAGUACGCUCUCGGGGGUGUCCUCAUGCAGGAAGACCAUCCUGUGGCCUAUGAAAGCCGGAAACUGAACAAUGCCGAGAGGAGAUAUACAGUUUGA